ACUUUUUCCGGUGGAAAUAAACCAAUGAGAAACCCAUAAAAACAAACGAAACCAGUUCUCGGUACUAAGGAUUUCCCGCGUUUCGCGGAAAGCAGCCGGAAGUGUGAACCUCCGAAUGGAAGUUUUAAUCAUUGGGAGAAAUCCCAGGUUGUAUUUUUAGCUUUUGACAAAGUUUUGAGCAUUAUUUCUACCUGUGCGUGGGUCGACUACUUCUUACAUCUUGUUUUAGCUCGUGGGAGUAAGGACAAACAGACAUCGAGUUGUUUCAAAUCAGCAUUUUCCGCUAAAAUUUGCUACAAUGGAUAAAAUUCAUAGGGAAGUGUUGGGAAAGAUGACAUUCAAAAUCAUGGGAAGGAUUUCCAGUCCGAGAGUUUUUUCGGGAUAUCUUAGGGAAAUAUUUAGUCCCUCGGACGUAGAAGAAAUUGCAGCGAAAGAAGCUCAGAAGGGGGCCAUUCAUGGAACACAGACUAUGCUGAGUAUACUGGAAAAGAGAGGACCCAAAGCUUACGGGCUUUUUGUAGAGGUUUUGCGAAGUCCUGACAUUCGUCUAGACGAUCUAGCAGAUGAGCUGGAGGACGAAGAGAGUAAACUGCGAGGGAAGACAGAGCCACCGAUGCGAAGGGCACAAAGUCUUCCAACAUCUGCUGAACCUGUGGAACCAUAUGGUGAUGCAGAGGCCUGUUCCCCACCCCCUCCAUAUUCAGCACCAGCUGUGCAAAGCUACAAUGCAGGAAAUGGCUAUGGAAGAUUCAACAACAGUCAUGGACAAGGGGCUAGGAACAUUUAUAAACAGCCCUCGAUUCCAGAAAUGAGCAAUCAAGAUAAUCCAGAGGUGCUCCUCACUGAGGGCACUCUUAUCAGGGACAUUCCCUACCGUCUGCGCAACAAGAUUGAGAUGCUGUUAGAUCCACCAGAUGCAAAUCAUCAUGACUGGCGGGGAAUGGCAUCUGUCAUGGACCUGAAUACCGAAGAAGUAAGACAACUGGAGAAUGCCCGAGAAAAUGGGAAAAUGAAAGGACUUGUUGAAAGGAUGAUACAAAGACACAAGACUGUUAAUGAUCUCUUGGGGUGGUUGAAGCAUCCUGAUGUACAGAGAUUGGACGUGAUAGAUGAAAUAAAAAAGGAGAGUCAUCGCAUUUCCGAGCUGAUGAUAGAAGAUAAUGAAAGCUCUGAAGAACAGGAAUCAGUUGCUACAGCAGUGGUGUCUUCAGCUGAAGAAACCAGCAGCCCAGAAACAAAAUCCAAGUCAAUGAGAAUUCCACAACAAGAAUGCAGUCAAGAUCCUCAGAAAAUUGAUAGAAAGCCAGAUGCUCGCGUCCCCAGUCAGGUAGAAUCUGAUGACGAUCCAAAAGCAAUUGGAGGACAAACAAAGCUUCAUGAAGAACAAGACUUGAGUGUAACAAGUCAGAUGGAUGAUCUAGAUAUUGACAGCAAACCAGAUUAUCGGAAGCCCAGCCAGGAGGAGGGGAGUAGCAGCAUUGCUGCUAAUGAUGACGAUGUGUUUGACUCCACAGAUUAUGUGAAAAAGCAAUUCCAUGCGCUUUUAAUCAGCUGCAGUACUGGAAAUGACAAAGAGGACAAAAAACAUGACAUUGAACUGAGAAAUUUGGAAGAGGAGCUUGAAGACUCCUGGGAUGUAGUGAAACGCCAAGCCAAGUGCAAAGUGUCAAAUUUGAUCCAAACUGUGCACUCAUUUUUGAUGAAUCCUGGAGAGUCUGGAAAAAUUGUCUCCUUUGUUUACCUGGCAGGUCCUACAGUGCAGAUAAAUGGUGAGAAUUACCUGCUUCCAUCUGACCUCAAGAGUCCUUCUUCUCGAGCUGAUCUCAUGCACAGUUCCUUGAACAUCAACUGGCUAGUGAAACAGCUGUGUGAAAAUUAUAUGCAAGUAGUAAUUGUAGAUGGGGCUCAUGAGAAUAGUGUGAAAGACCUUAACUUGAAUGGCGUUCUCCAAGGAUUGGCCCCAAUUCAGCCACCCCCAAAUGGAAUCAUUGCUUUUCCAUGUCCUCCAGGAACUAUCCGUCCAGAGCAAGAAAGACUAGCCUAUGUAAAAAGUGUGGUGAAAAACUUGAAGGAGGAGUCAAACAUGAUGUUAGCUGAUCUUUUUGAGAAAGUGCGAGUAGAUUUGGCAAGUCAGUCUGUCAGCUCUCCUGUGGAAUUUUCUCGCACCACAUCUCCACUACCAAUCUGUGUCAAUCCAGAGGAUAUGCAAGGUCUUCAUGUGGAUUCCUCUGAAGGAACAACUUACCAUGCAAUAAUAGUUGCAAACGCCAAUUAUGAGGGACGCACCGUUGACACAAAGCAGUGCAUCAAGGACCGAGAACAACUUCGAAUGGCACUGUUAAAAAAUGGAUGGAAAUGUGAGCUAGAGGCUUGUGAUAAACCAGCAAAAGUUAUCAUUGAAGAGCUGAGGAAGGCUAUAAACAAGUUGGCUGAUGACCAGAAAAGAGUUGUGAUGGUCUAUUUCAUGGGCUAUACUAAAAUGAUAAUGGACAUUAACUAUUUCUUUGGAAGUGAUUUCACGGCUUUUGCAGCUGAACCUCUCCGCUCGAGUGUACCCCUUCAGUGGGCGUUGGAUCUCAUGUGUGAAAAACUGAUUGGUAAAAAGAUUUUGAUAGUCGAUGAUCUGAAUACAUCCAGUACAGAAGGCCUGGCGGAAAUGAGUGCACCGCUGGACGUCAUGAUUAGCUUACCCAAAGGAGCCCGAAGCGACCCUAAUUCCAGCAGCAGGCAGCGUGAAGCAAGUUUUACAAGUAACUUUGCUCGUCUGCUGGAAGCUAAAGCCGGCCAGUUGCCUUUGAAGGAGAUGGUAAAGAGAGCUGCUCGUGCGUCAUUCGACCAACACCGCCUCAGUUCAAACUUAUACCAUCCAAAAUAAGGCAAUUCCCGUUAAAUAGCAUCAUAAAAAAGAGUACUUUAGCUUUAAAAGCAAUAUUUAUAUUACACCAAAUUAAGUACAAUAUGGAACAAGUUUCGAAUGUCUUCCAAUUUACAUCGCGUCUUCGCUCUGACCAAUCAGAGAGGAGCAACUUAGAACCCGCGUUCUUUUUUUUGCUGGCUAGUAGUAGUAGUAGUAGUAGUAGAAGGGCUUUAUUCAAGUGUCGAGGUGUUUCAGUAGCUUUUGACAAACUAAUUGGGGACACUAAUAAAAUCUUAAGUGGAUACAUUAAAAUUAAGACAUUUACACAUACACAAGUAGAAAAAUCUAAAAGGUAAAAAAAUCUAGCUAAUUAUUACACGUGCAUGCUAAUUGAGGACACAAACAGAAUAAAAAAAUAGGGUAUUUACACAAAUACAGGUAAAAAGAUCUAAAAUCUUUUAAGAUCUAAAAUCUAAGAUCUAAGAAAGAUCUAGGCUGAUGUUGACUAAACCUCUUGUUUAGUUUUCCGUUGGAGACGAUCGAUUUUUGUGUGUUUAUCCCAGGGUGACCAGCUAGUUAAACAUGUAAAUCAAAUAUAGGCUCAAUUUCCGCUGCUCCCUCGGGUCGGUGUAAGCGCGGGCUCAUUUCCCGAAACAGCGGCUCUUAGUCAACCUACAUGAAACUGCAGGACUUUUAUUGCAUAAAUGCCAAUAUGUUGCAGUUUUAUUCUGUGGAGGACUGAUAUUUUAGCCACAAGCAUUACUGACCAAAACAGAUGACGUGUCCCGAGGGCAACAAUUUUGCGUAAAAACUUUCGGUGUGCUAACAGACAACUAAAAAUAACUGAAAGUUUUCUACAUGAACUGAUCAACUCUGCUCUUUCGCUAUCGACUUAAUUACUUUAUCUUUUUAGUGGGAAGCGUCAAUGUUGGAUUUAUGAGCGUUUGUUUGUUACAUAGGACGGUAUAUUUUAUGUGACUAGCUUUUGAAUUAGCAGACAAAGGGAAUAUGACAUUAGUUGUUCCUAGUCCUAUUUAAAUGAAAAGGAAAACUUUUAUUUCCUCACGUUAAAACGUACUUAAGCUAAUAUAUUCUAGGUCGAUUUUUAGCACCAAAUAUUGAAAUUUCGGAAACUCAUACCAUGAGAAUAAACGUUUUUCUUUAUCACAAACUGCAGUUACA